CGCCCGGGAGUUUUCUCGAAGAAGACGCGAGGCUAUAAUUCACGACUGUUCGCGAUUGUGCGUGGCCGUUAUCUUGCCGUUAUAAAAUACCGUGGACUUUCAACUUUUCAUUUGAUACUUGGGCGCGCGUUAUCGCGCUAUUGCCGAAUGCCCGGAGAAAGAGUGGUAGGAGGGAAAAUAAAUAACCGGGAAAUAGUAAACGGGGACGAUCUCUUUAACUGGUCCUCAGUACGUUUACUUGUGUUCGCGGAAGAACACGGCUGCUGGUCUUUAACGUCUUAUCAUACGUCGCGACGGAUUCAUUCGCGUUUAGCCCAUAACGUGCGUCAGCUUCUUUCAUUCGAACGAGUCCAAUCGGCUGAUUACGUUCCACGACAACAAGACAAACGAGCGCCCCGUAGACAUGGUCGUUCCCACGGAACAUGCUCUUCACGAGGCGAUACAGGUAUCGCCGCUUGUGCUUUCGGACGACGUGCGGCGGCAAAAGAUCGAGCAGAAAGUGGCGCGGCUGCAAUUUUCGGCCGCGACCGUGAGGAAGAUCCAGGACGUCUUCGUGUCAGAGAUGAACAAGGGGAUUCAUCAGCAGUCGUCAUCGUUGCAAAUGGAAAACACUUACAUUCCGGAACUUCUCGACGGUUCAGAGGAGGGUUUGUAUUUGGCGCUGGAUCUCGGUGGCACGAAUUUUCGGGUGCUUCUUCUGGAACUGGCGCAUGGAAAACCUAUAAGAGAAGAGAUGAAGAUGUUUCACAUCAGCUCCGAUUUGAGGGUUGGUUCGGGGUUUCGUCUGUUCGAUUAUUUGGCCGAAUGUGUCAGUGAUUUCGUCAUCGCGCAGGGUCUUCAGGACGUAGAGCUUCCCCUUGGUUUCACCUUUUCGUUCCCCAUGAUCCAACAUUCCUUGGACAUUGGAAUGCUGGUAACUUGGACGAAAACCUUCAAUUGUCCCGAUGUGAUAAACAAGGAUGCCGUGAGAUUGCUUCGCGAAGCUCUGGCUCGUCGCAGUGAUACCAAAGUGAAGGUCACGGCGAUUUUGAACGACACCACGGGAACGUUGGUUCAAGCAUCCACCGUGGACCCUGAUACAGCAAUCGGACUUAUAUUGGGCACAGGAAGCAACGCCUGUUACCUUGAACGUGCCGAUCGAGUGGAACAUUGGGAGACCGAAAGACACGGAGAACGCGAGGUUAUCAUCGAUAUCGAGUGGGGUGCAUUUGGAGAUAACGGCGUCCUGGACUUCAUCAAGACAGAUUACGAUCGUGAGAACGAUGCGAACUCUCUUAUUGUAAAUUCAUUCACGUUCGAAAAGUAUAUUAGUGGGAAAUACUUAGGCGAGCUCGUGCGAGUAGUACUCGCGAGGUUAACCAAGGAAGGAUUUUUAUUCGUAGGAGAUCACACGCCUGGAUCUCUUCUAAUUCCUGGCAAUCUCACUAGCGAUUUGGUCUCGGAUAUUGAGCAAGAUUCCGUGGACGGUGGUAUCAGCAACACGAAGGAAGUUCUUAGGAAAUUUGGUAUCGUACCCGACGAAGAUGACGCAAAAAUUGUUCAGUAUGUUUGCGAGAUAGUGUCCAAUCGUGCCGCGCUUCUUGUAUCUAUAUGUCUUGCAGUCCUACUGAAACGAAUCGACAAGGAACGCGUAACAAUUGCCGUAGAUGGAUCCCUUUACAAACACCACCCUAGACUGGAAAGUUGGAUUAAACAGUACAUUCCAUUAUUAGCUCCUGAUCAUAAGUUCAAAAUAAUUCACGCCGAGGAUGGAAGCGGAAAGGGUGCUGCACUGGUUGCCGCGAUCGCACAAAGACUUCGCGAAAGAAUAGACUAGUACAAAUUAAAAAUACAAAGUACUCUGGCCUAUAAUAAGUUUUUGUUAGUGGCGUUAAUAAUUCGCACCAGAUCUCUAGUUAAGCCUCUACUAUACAGUACAGCAUUUGCGUAUAUUUUUGUUUAUGUUUUUAAACUUGUUACGUACAAAUUGUUAUGAGAAGAGUGUUGUUACGAUUUCCAAAAUUUCGUUGUUAUUCACCGUGCGAUUAUCCAAAGAGCUAGGGUCGAUACUCUUUGUUUUCGAGUGAUUAGUCCGGCUUGAGAGGCACCUUGUCCGUACAAUGUUUAGAUGUCGUUUACUUUUGCUAGGUAAUCCAUGGAAUACGUUAUUUCUAGAGGGAUUAGCGUGUAAUUCACUCAGAAUGGUGUUCGUACAGAGUUUUUAGAAUUCAUUCUUUCGUCUGAAUGCAAGAAUUAUAUUUUUCACAUUGUUUAAAAUACUCAGAUGAUUCUUUGUAAUUGGUAGACUUGCCUUUUAUUAUUGUUACACAAGCUCGGUUUUAUUUUACACUCGCAUAGGAUGUAUAUACGCACGUUAGGAAACGAAAGUGUUGCUCGCAUCGACACUCAAUCUUUUGUUAAUUCAUCAAGUUCGGUAGUGUUUAGUGGAUCCUUAGCACCUUUUAAGGUAGACACUCACGAAACUUCUAUUACAUGUACGCGGUAAAAGUGAUCUAUUUUGGGCACAACAGAAAAGAGAAUCGCCUGCGAUGGUAAUUAUGUGCUAAUUAUGUAAGGGAAAAAAAAGAUCGAUUACGAAUGGUGUAUGAAAGUGAGUGUUGUUAACAACCUGUUUAUAGUACCGGAUUAAGAAUGAGACAGGAUUGUGGCGUGGACCGCUAAGCAAAGCUAGACUGAGAGCCCGAAGAGUAAAUGCGAAAGUAACGGAAAAGAAAGUGUUAAUGAACGUAUGGAGAUUGUAGAAAAACAAAUACUUGUAAAAUACGUUGUUAUAUCUUGUAAAUGAGCGCCAAGACGUUCGGGUUUUUGUACUAGAGGAACGAGGUUGUUAUAAUAAAAAUUUAAACGAAAA